UGAUACCCGGGUUAGGCAAGUGAUGCCGCAAUCUCGACUCGAGGCACCGUGCUCAGACCUGGCAUGAACCAACAUCUUCCGUCGCUGGAUGCUGGGGCUGUUGGCUUGCUCGUUGGUGUCAAGGCUGUGUGCGGUUGACUUGUGUGGUUGUGUGGACUGUCCAUGGUGUGGUCAAUGUGAAUGGAUGGCGGGGUCCAGUACGGGCGAAGUGUCCGUACGGAGCACGGAAUGCUAUCCAUCGGUGGCUUCUUUAGCUUGUCCACACUCUCCCGCCCGUACUCGGUUCGGGGUGCGAGGCAGCCUAGAAACGCAUCUGCAAUGUGCCCCCAGGGAGAUUGAAAUGACACCCCGAAAAACUUCCAACCUAAGGGCUCGGGAAAUAGAGAGUAAUAUACGUAGGCAGGCAAGUAUCGCUGCCUGCGGACUUUUGUCGCUGUUCAUCCAAUGUCUAAGAAGGAUGGUGUUUAAACGUUAGGUCGGUUUCCAUUGUCGGCAAUUACCCAUAGAGUAUCCGCACUUGAGGUGGCUUGGUGUUGAAUUAGCACAUGCACCGCCCUGCAAUUGCUAAGCCAUCGAGGUUCCUGCGUCGAUGUGGACGGAUUCGGCGGGGGUGGCACGGCGAAUGUAGUUCAACUUCUUCUGGAA